GCGACUGCUCUACCAUAUAGUCAUUUCGAUGAGGAUACAAUCGAUCACAAAGAUGCUGCAGCAGAGUUCAACAGAUUCUAUCCUGAGAUUGGUCUUACGGCAGAUCAGUCAGCUCAUUUAAUGAAAAUUUUCAUGAAUUCUAACACAGCAUCUGCUGUAAAUCAGUCUACAAGGGAGCUCGGUUAUGUCGGCGCUACCUCAGAGGAGAAGCUAGCACCUGAAUCUACGACUACACUACCAGCCUCUAAUGCAGCUACAUUUAUCAGGAGGGCAUGAGGCGCUAGCACAUAAAGAUUUCCUAGAUUCAGCGACUGAGGCAAUUGCUCAAACCGAGAGACCGGAUUUCUCUGACUAUAGUUCUUUGUUCUACCCUGGAAACGAAUCAUAUAGUGAGUAUGAGGACUAUAUGAUGAACCAGAUCUUGAAAGAUUUCCCAUCACAAACAGAAGCUGAGGUGCUUAUUUCAACGUUCUUCUGUUAUGCUGAGGCAAACUGGUACUAUUUUGACGAGGCUACAUUUCGUAGUCAGCUACACGCACUAUAUAGGAGCGGUUUUGCUACGUCUAUUGCCGACGCCAAAUUGAUUUGUUUGGCCUUCACUGUCUUUUCCAUGGGCAGUCAGUUCGCUCAUCUUCAUCAAGAUCGCCCUGACAGUGAUGCGGAAGGAGUAAACAUAGAACAGACUGGUAUUCCUGGUGCUAGGUUUUUUCGGCAUGCGCAGCACCUUAUACCACGGAUAAUAACAUGUCCCUCCUUGGAAGGGGUGCUAAGCUGUCUUUUGGCAGCCCUUUACUCUCUACCAAUCCAUAAUACUAAUACAUGCUACACAUAUCUCGGCCUUGCCUUGCGCAGUGCGAUCUGCCUCGGUCUACAUCGAAGAUCUGCCGGCUCUAAUCUACCCCCACAACUGUCAGAGAUCCGGAACCGUGUUUUUUGGACGACAUAUAGCAUUGAACGGUACGGAUGGCCCACUCACUUUCCAUUUUUUCCCCUUCUUUUUAUUACCUUUUUUAUUUUAUUUGUUCUCAUUAUUAAAGGCGUGUCGCUAUCUCUCUCGGGUAUCCGGAAACGCUCCAAUGCAACGAUAUCGAUUGCCCCCUCCCCCGGCGACGGGCAGAUUUAGACUCCUCUAAUUCGUUUCGUGCCGAGAGACUGGUGGCGUAUACAAAACUAACUCUGCUACUCAACAAGGCAAUUCAGUCAAGGUGAGGUGUCCAUAGUAUUAUGCUAUAGCCAGAUCUUCAGAUCGGCUUUGUAUUGUUAACU